UCAUAACAAACAAACGUCAAAAUGACAUCGUUUCUUUUUACGUAAAAAAAUAAAUAAAUGUGGCGGGUAGUAUUUCAAAAAAAUAUUGUAUUAACCAAAAUUAAUGACAACUUAAUAAAAUUAGCAAAAAUGCCUUUUUACGCAGUGGCAAAAGGGCGAACAACUGGAAUCUUUAUGACAUGGGGUGACUGUGAGACGCAAGUGAAAGGAUUCCCUGGAGCACGGUACAAAAAAUUUAACACUGUCGUCGAGGCACAAAGUUUUAUUGAAGCGGAAGGUGGUAAACAAACUGUUCCAAAAACUAAGCAGUCCUACACUGAGAAGUAUUCUGCUCCUAAUAAUUCCAAAAACAACCUUAAGCGAUCAUUUACUACGUCAUCCUCUGAUAAGAAAAAUCAUGGUGAUUAUAAUCGGGAAAUUAAUAUAACACCUGAAAUUGAACAACCGUCUGCGAACUCAGAAUCCCAGAGUGACCAAGAUUACUCUCAGACAUUUACAGAUGAAGAUUCUGGUGAUGAUAUAAAUACGAUGUUAAUUAAGCAAUUAGAUGAUGUAGAAAAGCGAAUAAAAGGCUUUGAAAGAGGUGUUGACAAAAUUAUAAAAAAUAGCUCUCGUAAAACCAUAUUGAUCAAACCUCCAGAACCUAAGAGAAGUAGAAAAAGUAGGAACAACUAUGAAUUUGAAGAGGAUAAUGAAGGAUUUGUUCAUGUUUACACAGAUGGGGCUUGUUCAGCCAAUGGUCGAAAUGGUGCACGGGCUGGUAUAGGAGUUUAUUUUGGAGAAGGACACCCUCUUAACACAAGUGCACCUGUUUCGGGUCGUGCAACUAACAACUGCGGUGAAAUACAGGCCGCAACUAAAGCCAUCCAAUUAGCUUUACAAAAUGGUGUUAAAAAGUUAGCUAUCAAUACUGACUCACAAUUUUUAAUCAACUCUGUGACAAAAUGGAUGCCAGGUUGGAAAAGUAAAGGUUGGAAAUUGAGAUCAGGAGAACCAGUAAAAAAUGAAAAAGAUUUUAAAGAUUUAGAUAAAAUUCAAAACAAAUUGCAGAUAAAAUGGAAUUAUGUGGAAGCUCAUCGCGGAGUGCAUGGUAAUGAAAUGGCUGAUCAGCUAGCCAAAGCUGGGGCAGCUAUGUAUAAUAAAUAAUAAAAAAAAAACUCUAAUUACACCUUGAUAAUUUUUUUGUACGAGCAUUUAUUCUGUUAUAGAAUAUAGGAUGAAAUUGGAAUAGCAUCUUUUUAGAAAAAUAUUUUACUAAUAGAACUGAAAAUUGUUACAAAAGAAGUAUAAAUUGUCUAAUGAUAAAAAUUUUGAAACUCUCAUUUAGUAUGAAAGAUGGAAAUUUGUUAAGAUUUGGAUAUACCUUAUUGGCUGGUGAAAGCUUUUUUAAAUUGUUCUAUUUUGGUUGUAAAAUAUUCUUUUAAAAUAUUUCAAUUUCAGCCUCUAGUGCAUAAACAGAAUCUGAUUACAAAAUGACUUUUUAUUUAUGAUUCUACUAAGUUUUUCUAUAUUUUAUGAUUCUUAUUAUUCAUUAUUGUACAAAUAACUAUGUAAAACUUAAUUGUGAUUAUUUAUGUUAUUAUGACUAUCUUAUUAUGUGAUAUUUAAAAGGAUAAAAGCUGGCUUUCCUAUCAUCAUAAGACAAAAACUAUAAAAUCAACUUUUUUAUACUGUUGAAUAAUCUACCAAAUUGACUAUUUUAACCCAUUUCUUAUAUUCAAUAGAGAGAAAAUUAUUAUUUAAUAUUUAGAUUUUUUUGCAGCAAAAGAACAUUUAGACUAAUACAAUGGAUAGAGAAUAAUGUGAUUGUUUGUGUAUGUAAUAUUUAAAAUAUUUAAGACAAUGUGAUUGUUUGUUUUUGUACAUAAUUUGUUAAGACAAGGUAUUACAAAAAAAAAAAAAAAGAAAUUGAAAUAAAAAUAUAUAAAAAACU